ACCAUGGAUAUUGAAGUUGAUCAUUAUAGUGCUUUGGAUUUACCCUCCGGUGAGGAAGGGGCAAAGCUUUCUGAAAUCGAAAUAUCGAAAGCGUAUCGAAAGAAAGCAUUAGAAUUGCAUCCAGACAAGAGACUCGAUGAUCCAAUUAACGCUCACUUAAAUUUUCAAAAGCUCAAGGCUUCCUAUGACAUUCUCAAGGAUGACAAAAAGAGGAAGUUAUUUGAUGAGAUGAUCCAAUUACAACAACAACAACAACGACAACAACAAGAAGAAGAAGAUUCAAAGCGUAGAAAGAUGAUGUCUUUUGUACCUGAUAUUAAUUUGGCUCGAUUAGAAGAGGAGGAACGAAUUGCUAUAAAACUUUUAGGUGAAAUUGCUAGGAUUCGUGAAAUAUUGCUGUCAAAGAAAGAAUCAUCAGAGAUGUGUGUUGACAAGGAAAAGGUGCUUAAGGUAUCUUGGAGUAAAAGUGGUGAAGAUUAUACUUGCCAAAGAUUGAGAGAGUUGUUUAGUAAUUUUGGUGAGGUUGAACAUGUAAUCAUGGGUUCGAGUUCUAAGAAUAAGAAGAGAAGAAGUUACGCUCUUGUUGAAAUGUUAUCUAAAGCCGAUGCAGCUAAAGCCGUCUCUUCUUGUGUCUUAACUGGUCUCUUGAUUGUGCCUCUUGUUUCGAGCUUAUAAUUACAUAUUUUGU